UAACAAUAGUAUGGGACAUCGCAUGCUGUGUGAACACUGCACUAUCUGGCAAACAUACAUCAGCACAACGUAAUGGAAAAGAUGUGUGCAGAGCCUCCUUGUACAGUGGACCGGAAUGCAGCAUGGUGGAUGUGCACAGAGAAAGCCUUGGGUCGCAAGCUGAUUUUUGCUUGAAACAAUGAAUACUACUAGCUUUCACUGACCUGAAGUUGUAAAACCAAGGGACGUACCCCUACAAUUCCUAACAUCUUGGAGAGCACAACCUCUGUAAGGCAGUAGAAAGCAUGGAGAUGAAAGGAUCAGAGAAGAUUGAAGAACAAGUACAGAAAAGGUCUCCAUUUGAUAUGUUAUUUGGUUCAAUACAAAGAAAAAAGUCUGAUAAAGAAAAGACUGACAUAUUCCAAGUAAAGAGAUUCUUCAAGGCAUUUGAUAAAGAGGCUACAAAAACAACAAAUGAAAAGAAUGAAGAAGUCUCUGAUAUCAAGCCUGGACCUGGGGAUUAUGGAGACUAUAGCAAAACAAAUGAAGAGACCAGUCCUACUAAAGAAGAGGAUCCGCUGGAUUUAGAUCUUGGAUGGUGGAAGGUGAAGCAGUUUAUGGAGAAGUACGAUAAAAAGGCAGAAAUUCAGUUUAUAAACCUGAAUAACUGUGGUCUGACAGCUACUGGUAUAAAAGAGCUUGGUUCCUUGAUGCCGUAUCUCCCAGAUGUUGAAGAAAUGAAUCUAUCUUGGAAUGAGUCGGUUGGUGGAUCUAUGGUGUUGAUGACCCCACAUCUUUGUCAUGUCACAAGAUUAAGAAUAUUAAGCCUAAGUAACUGUGGUCUGACGGCUGAUGAUGCUGGUUCUUUAGGAGAAGCACUUCAGCACAUUCCUAAUUUGCAAGUUCUCGAUUUGUCAUGGAACAGUGAUUUUCGAGGAGCCUUAUCAAGACUCACACAGCACUUCUCAAGCAACUGUGAACUGAAGUCACUAAGUCUAACAGAGUGUAGCCUUAAAGCUGAGGAUGGAGAUUCACUAGCACAUGCUUUAAGAAAGAUGCCGAAAAUAGAAUUUUUGGAACUUUCCGCAAACAAAGAACUUGGAAGCGCAAUAAAGAAUAUCACUGAAGAACUCAAAAAUUGCUCAAGUUUGUGUGUUUUAAAACUGCGCUCUACUGGUCUACGGCAGGACAGCAUCAGCUAUCUGAGUUCUGCAUUCCAGUAUUGGCCUUAUUUACGGAAACUGGAUCUAUCAUGCAAUAAAGCAACAGGUGGAUUCUGUGCGGCUGCAGCACGUCUGACAGCCUUCAAACGACUGGAAUUACUAGAUAUUCAUCAAUGCUCGCUUUCCAAAGAUGAUGUUACAGCACUGACCCAGGUCAUACCACUACUAUCCAACCUUCAAUUUCUGGAUUUAUCAUCCAAUAAAAGCAUAGGCUUUUCUUCUGAACAUCUUUUCAGUCGACUACGUUUUCUGCCUAAAUUGAAAUCUGUAAAUAUCAGCAACUGCACAUUACAAAAAGAUUCCUUUGCAGGACUAGCUGAAGCUUCACAUUACCUACUGGACCUUGAGAUGCUGGAUCUUUCCUGGAAUAAAUGUGUUGGAGGAAACCUAAAGCUGCUUUUUGAAACUCUAAAGUCUGCAAUAGGUCUUCAGAGCCUUCUUUUGAGCAGCUGCAAUCUGGUCACACAGGACCUGGCUGUAAUAGCAUCAGUGGCACAAAAUGGUAAUUUGGAAAGAUUAGAGCAGCUGGACAUAGCCUACAAUGACACCAUACCUGAUGAAGGAUGGUCUCUAUUCUUUGAAAGUGUGUCUGCUCUGAAGAACAUUGUUGAACUAGAUAUAAGUUUGAGACCGUCCACAUCUCAUGAAUGUGGACCGUGGUUCAUUCAUUUGCUAUCUAAUCUGGUAAAGCUACCAAAGCUCAAGGAACUGGGAAUGCAACGCUGGGCACUGUCUGCAGCAGAGCGUCAGCAACUGAGCCGUAUUCAAAUGGAAAAUAAUAUCAAUAUACAUUAUGACUAAUAUUUUACAUGUAUAUGAACAUGCUGAGUCUGACAAGUUUUAUGUGAUCAACCAUCGACUUAUUAGCGUUGGAAUGUCCUUUUAACUCCCCAAGAAAGUGAUGUGACUGAGCUUAAGGCUACUGAAAAUGACAAAGCUUUCAGAUAUUAUAAGAUUACUCUGUUUGCUUUAUACAGAACUGGUUUUGCAGGUAUAAGAAACAAGAAACCAUCUUACUGCAGAAAAACAUUGAACUAUGGCAUUCUCUGAAAAAGGUCUGAAUAAAUUCAGAUAUUGUAUUUGCUUUGAAAUGGUCUACAUAGUGAUCACACUCAUUGAACACAGAUAAUAAAAACUUAAAAGGAACAGAAUGCAAAUGUAUUACUGUGACCAAGACUGCAUCGUUCAGGGAUCUAAAUGGUGGCAAUGCUUAUAAAGUUUCUAACCAUAACACAUAAGCUGGGAUUUAAAUAUUUUAUUAAAGGGUUAUCCAGGACUUCAACGUUGAUGGCCGACCUCUAGGAGAGGCCAUUAAAAUUACAAUGGUAAGUGUCCAACUCUCUGCACCCACUUCUGGUCAGCUGUUAGAAGAGACUGUACCCCUGCAGUCAUCACAUCCUUGUCUUUGAUUACCAGUCAUGGCCACGGAUCAAAGCCUAGUUUUAUUGCCUUGAAUGAGAUGUAAUGUGUUUGUAACACCAAGCACAUUAAAAUGCGAGAGUCCGACACCACUAAAUUAAAAUUGACAGCCUACCCUAUGGAUAAGCCAACAAUUGUCAAGUCCCAACUAUUCAGGUGACAUAUUUUGCUUUGGACAGGACACCACCUAGUGGCCAGAGUCUAACCUAUUAAUUACAUAAACAGGUAAAAGCACCACAUGACUAAGUUCUUCUCCUAACACUUUUAGAUUAUUUUUGGGUUUUGCACUGCGCUUCUAUAAGUCAUAAAAAACUGAAACAAGAGUGAAUGUUACUGGUAUGUGGUGAAGAUUAACAAAUGCAAUUUUAGCAAAAUUAUGCAUGAUUCUUAAUGCAUUUUUUUCACAAAGCUAAAUUUUAGGUCACAGUAAUACAGAAUAACGUCAAAUAUUAAUAUGAUGAGAACAAAUUUAAUAGUAUACAUUAUACAGAUGUUAUAUAAAGGAAAUGCAAAUGGCACAUUUUAUAUGAAUAUUAGAAUGUAUUUGCCAUAAUUAAAUAAAUAUAAUAAGUAUAAGUGGGUCACACAACAAACAAAUCUGUUAUUAUGAGUGAUAUCAAUAUGGGUAAAAGUCAUCUAUAUAUUAUUAUUGAUUUGUAACUGAUUAAGUCACAGAUAAAGAGAUUUUCCAGGAAAACAUUAAAGGUGAUGAAUGUGUGAUAUGUCUGGGUUCAACACUAGAUACCCACACAAUAGGCAGAAUGAAGGGGCCAUAGUUCUUAGCUGGUGGUAUGCUACAAUGCCAGACACAGCUGCAUGUAUCUAAACCAUAACAAACAUAUAAGAGCCAUGGUGCUCAAGUGACUGGGGUGAGCGUGGUGCAUUGAUCAACCAUUGGAUUCCAGAAAGAGCAGAAGUCCUUGAAUAAUCACGUGAAUGAUCUAGCAAUUGUUUGUGAGGCCCGGACGAUAAUUGAGCCAAGAGAAGGUACAUUAAACAAGCAUUGAUCAUUGAGAUUGGCACUCAUCAUCAGGACCUGCUCUGCCAAUGUAAGACAUAGACUAUCAAUGUGCUUUCCUAGAGGAUGUAACACUGCUGGUUGGCAACCACCAGCGCACCAUGUGUCCUGGUUCUUACCAGUGAUGGACAACAUUCUCUGUGCGUGCAAGUUUUAUAGAGCCAGUGUGCACUCCCUAAUGGCUCCUUCUCCAAACCCUGCCAGGCACUGCAUAUUUAAGUCUGCCACAUCUGUUGUUAUUGGCCUCAGCAAGGUUGUGUAUACAGUACUGCUAAAGUCUCUGUCUGUCUGCUGAUCCUGCCUGUACACUUUGCCUUUGUCUCCUCCCCUGAAACCUGACCUUUCUCUCCUGUUAAUAAACGCGGACGGUCUACCACAAUACCUGUCUGCUUGCAGCCUGUUCCAGCCUGCACCUGUAACCAUCUUGGCUAGCUGUUGUCACAGUACCUGCUUAGCUAGUAAACAUCUGUUCAGCUCUGCUGCGUCUGAUGCUAUCUAUAGUGUCAGUUUGCCCCAUUCUGCCUGCCUGGCUGCUACUUGUGGCACAGUGGGUCCACACCCAUGAGGCGUUAGAGAGGACCCCUUUAACUAAAGCUUCACCAGAUCACACAUGGGAAAUCCUGUUGCUUGGUAUGAAGAGUAUCCAAAUAAGUAUUUUGUUUGAAACCUUAACCUCUUAAGGACACAGGGCAUACCUGUACACCCUGCGCCUGGUCCCGGUAUAUAACACGGGGUCCCGCUGGGACCCCGCGUCAUACCGGGUCGGUCACAGCGGCUAAUAAUAGCCGGCACCCUAGGCAAAUAGAAUGCGGCACCAAUCGUUGUGCCGUGUGCUAUUAACCCUUUAGACGUGGCGAUCAAAGUUGAUCGCCGCAUCUAAAAUGAAAGUAAAAGCUUGUCGGCAGCUCAGUCGGGCUGAUCGGGACCAUCGCAAUAAAAUCGCGAUGUCCCGAUCAGCUAGCACGUAAGCGGAGGUCCCCUCCUCAUGAAAAAAUGAAUAAAAAGCGAUCAAAAAGUCAGAUCAAUACAAAAAUGGUACCAAUAAAAACUUCAGAUCACGUCGCAAAAAAUGAGACCUCGUACCAGCCCAUAUGCAUAAAAAUAAAAAAGUUAUAGGGGUCAAAAGAUGAGAAUUUUUAACAUAUAAAUUUUCCCUCAUGUAUUUAUGAUUUACGACAAAAUCUAACCUAUAUAAAUAGGGUAUUAUUUUAACCGUAUGGACCUACAGAAUAAUAGAAGGUGUCAUUUUGACCGAAAAAUGUACUGCGUAGAAAAAGAAGCCCCCAAAAGUUACAAAAUUGCAUUUUUUCUUCAAUUUUGUCGCACAAUGAAUUUUUUUUCCGUUUCGCCGUGGAUUUUUUGGUAAAAUUUUAUGUGCAAAAUUGAAAGCGUUAUGAUUUUUAGAAGGUGAUGAGGAAAAAAUGAAAAUGCAAAAACGCUGAGUCCUUA